CUAUCUUUGAAGUAUUUUAUUAAUUUUCCAAAUUUUUGAUAUUUUUGCAAUUUGAGUUCUCUAAACUUUGGAAAAUUCUUGGAAUUAUACAUAGCGUAACCCUUUUGCUGAUUAUAUUCUCCUGAUACAUUGUCGAUUUUUAAAAAUUGAUUUUUUUGCAAUUUAAUUUUACUAAAGGAAUUUAUUUUAUCCACAAUCAAUAAUAUAUUUUUUAUCGACUAUCGAAUUUAUUUUCUAAAAUUAUCUACAAGAAAUUUUUUUAUAAACAUUUGUUCAUUUAUUUGUAUACAUGCCAGAGAUCCUCUAAAAUUAAUGGCAUCAUCGUAUUGUGACUUACAAAUAAAUCUUAUAUCAAUGUGAAUAGAUUAAUCUAGAAGAAUGCAUUAGAAAAUGUUGCGAGCAUUAAUUCGUAAACCUUAUUACAAUCUUUUAAAAUUUCACAAUUAUGAAUUAUAUUCGCAAAUUCGACGAUUAGGUUACAUCAGCAUAACACGAAAAAAAUCGGGAAAUGAUAAUUGCAAUCGAAACGAAGCGUGUAUCGACAAACCGAUAAAGUGGCCGAGUGGAAAGAGGAUCAGUUUUGAUUUCCACGAAGAAACCGAAGCUGCGAUGAACCAGCAGAUAAAUGUAGAAUUAAUGGCGUUUUAUUAUUAUUUAUCAAUGGCUGCAUAUUUUGGUCGAGUAGACGUCGCUUUGCCUGGCUGUGAAUCAUUUUUCAUACAAAUGCAUCAUGAGGAGCAUGAGCAUGCCUUGAGAUUUUUUAAUUAUGUAAAAAUGCGAUGUGGCAAGGUACACUUAGGAGUUAUAUCACCACCGGACGAUCAAGAUUGGAAAUGUCCAUUACACGCGUUCAAAACAGCCUUGCAACUGGAAAUUGAAGUUGGUAGAAAACUGGUAGCAGUGAAUGCUAUAGCGGAAAAGCAUGGCGAUCUGAACGCAAGUGACUUUAUCAUCACUGGCUUUAUGGAGGAUCAAAUGAAAAGCGUGAAUGAAUUAGGAAGAUUAAUGACUGUGCUAUCGGGCGUUGGAGAUCAGGCACUGGCGAGAUUUAAAUUUGAUAAGAAUCUACUCGAGAACUACGUUAAGCCCGAUUUCAAUGUUCUGAAAAGUAAAUCCUUGCAAAGAAAGUUCAACAAAUAAUCACAAAAUA